UUUCUGACUGGAAGAUUUGGAAAAAUGGAUAUUGUUGACGCUAAAUUUGAUUGCGCCGGCGCGAGUUAGUUGCCAUGCCGCGCGAUGUGACGCCGGUAUGAUGAACUACCUCAAUGUCACGUCACCUGACCUGACAUGCCAGCUCGUGACGUCACAGGGGUGCACCAACACCACCGCAGGCCUAAACUGCUCGACCUUCGGAACGACGGUAGACUACUCCUGCGAUCUAACAGGACAAAAUGACACCUACACAUGCACCAGAUGCAACAACUCCGUUUGCGACAUCGAACUCAAAAUUAUGAGCGCGAUCGACGAAGCAUCUAAGUAUUUAUGGUUGAGGAUACCCGAUGUCGACUGCAGUUGGAACGUGCUCGAGUGUAAACCAAACAGGACGUUCUACAUCGACGCUUUCGACGGCGACCCGAAUCGAACGGCGCAGGAGACUUUUCAGUGUAGUUUCAGUUUCGCGAACGAAACGGAUAUAGUGAGUGCGGGGUACGAAUGGAGUUUCUUGUUUGUGAUAUUGUUCAUAGUGGCCGGGGGGGUCGGCAACAUUUUAGUGUGUUUGGCCGUGUGUCUAGAUAAGAGACUUCAGAAUGUGACCAAUUAUUUUCUCCUGUCGCUCGCCAUUGCUGAUCUCUUGGUCAGUCUUUUUGUUAUGCCUAUGGGAGCCAUACCUGGAUUUUUAGGCUACUGGCCGCUGGGUGUGGUGUGGUGUAACGUGUACGUGACGUGCGACGUGCUGGCCUGCUCCGCCAGCAUCAUGCACAUGUGCUUCAUCAGCAUCGGCAGGUACCUCGGCAUCCGGAACCCGCUGAAGAGCCGGCACCACUCCACCAAGCGCGUGGUCUUCAUCAAGAUCGCGCUGGUGUGGCUGCUCAGCAUGUUCGUGUCCAGCUCCAUCACUGUGCUGGGUCUUAUAAACCGGACCAACAUAAUGCCGACGCCGUCUCUCUGUGUGAUCAACAACCGGCUUUUCUGGGUGCUGGGCUCGCUGGUCGCCUUCUACAUCCCCAUGCUGACGAUGGUGGUGUCCUUCGCGUUGACGGUGCAGCUGCUGAAGCGGCAAGCGCGGCUGGCGGCGACGCCCGUGCCUGGCGGGACGCAGAGAAGGCAAUGUGGCGGCUUAGAGUCGGGUUCCGUGCGUUGCGUGCGGCGUCUGGCAACGCGGUCGUCGCCGGACCUGUCGCCCGCCGCGCCGCGUCACCUCACGUGGCGUGUCACUGCUACCAGGUCGGCGCGCAAGAUCGGCAUGAGCGUGUCACACCCACAGCUGUAUGCGAACGGCUGCGGGCGGCAACGCGACGCGGCAACGCAGACACCGCGCAGCAUCGCUGCCGAAACGCGACGCAUACCAUUGCUCAAGGCUGCGCCUAACGCCUUGUCGCUCAGGUUCCUAGCCAAUCGGAAGAAGGAUCGGCCGCUGUCAGCCAACGCGGUGGCCAAUGAGCAGAAGGCGACGAAGGUGCUGGGUCUAGUGUUUUUCACGUUCGUGUUGUGCUGGGCGCCGUUCUUCCUCCUCAAUAUAUUGUUCGCGUCGUGUCCCGCUUGUAUUGUACCAGAGCACGUGGUGGACAUCUGCCUGUGGUUGGGCUACGUGUCGUCGACCAUCAACCCCAUCAUCUACACAGUGUUCAACCGGACCUUCCGAGCCGCCUUCCUCCGUCUGCUGAAAUGCCAUUGUACCAGACGAGGCAGAUGUACACGAUACAAGUCGACGGACUCGAACCGCGGUGCCUCCCAGCUGUGCGCGCGGUCUGCUCUGCCACUGGCUAUCUCACUGCGGCCGCUGGGGCUGACGGCCACCAACCAGAUCCCACAGACCACGGAGACGGUCCUUGACCCACCCAUUAACGAGUAUAAUAAUAUGAGGUAUUAG